GGCCAAUCAACGGGCGCGGCUAUGGCAGCGGAAGCCGGAAGCGGCGAGCGGGGUCGUUCUGGGCCUAGGGGAGGCGGGCCGAGGGCGUCUGAGCUGAGGCCCGCGUCGAUCCUGGGUUGGAGGAGGUGGCGGCCGCUGAGGCUGCGGCGUGAAGACGGCGGGCAUGGUGGGGCGGGAGAAAGAGCUCUCUAUACACUUUGUUCCCGGGAGCUGCCGGCUGGUGGAGGAGGAAGUUAACAUCCCUAAUAGGAGGGUUCUGGUUACUGGUGCCACUGGGCUUCUUGGCAGAGCUGUACACAAAGAAUUUCAGCAGAAUAAUUGGCAUGCUGUUGGCUGUGGUUUCAGAAGAGCAAGACCAAAAUUUGAACAGGUUAAUCUAUUGGAUUCUAAUGCAGUUCAUCACAUCAUUCAUGAUUUUCAGCCCCAUGUUAUAGUACAUUGUGCAGCAGAGAGAAGACCAGAUGUUGUAGAAAAUCAGCCAGAUGCUGCCUCUCAACUUAAUGUGGAUGCUUCUGGGAAUUUAGCAAAGGAAGCAGCUGCUGUUGGAGCAUUUCUCAUCUACAUUAGCUCAGAUUAUGUAUUUGAUGGAACAAAUCCACCUUACAGAGAGGAAGACAUACCAGCUCCCCUAAAUUUGUAUGGCAAAACAAAAUUAGAUGGAGAAAAGGCUGUCCUGGAGAACAAUCUAGGAGCUGCUGUUUUGAGGAUUCCUAUUCUGUAUGGAGAAGUUGAAAAGCUUGAAGAAAGUGCUGUGACUGUUAUGUUUGAUAAAGUGCAGUUCAGCAACAAGUCAGCAAACAUGGAUCACUGGCAGCAGAGGUUCCCCACACAUGUCAAAGAUGUGGCCACUGUGUGCCGGCAGCUAGCAGAGAAGAGAAUGCUGGAUCCAUCAAUUAAGGGAACCUUUCACUGGUCUGGCAAUGAACAGAUGACUAAGUAUGAAAUGGCAUGUGCAAUUGCAGAUGCCUUCAACCUCCCCAGCAGUCACUUAAGACCUAUUACUGACAGCCCUGUCCUAGGAGCACAACGUCCAAGAAAUGCUCAGCUUGACUGCUCCAAAUUGGAGACCUUGGGCAUUGGCCAACGAACACCAUUUCGAAUUGGAAUCAAAGAAUCACUUUGGCCUUUCCUCAUUGACAAGAGAUGGAGACAAACGGUCUUUCAUUAGUUUAUUUGUGUUGGGUUCUUUUUUUUUUUUUAAAUGAAAAGUAUAGUAUGUGGCACUUUUUAAAGAACAAAGGAAAUAGUUUUGUAUGAGUACUUUAAUUGUGACUCUUAGGAUCUUUCAGGUAAAUGAUGCUCUUGCACUAGUGAAAUUGUCUAAAGAAACUAAAGGGCAGUCAUGCCCUGUUUGCAGUAAUUUUUCUUUUUAUCAUUUUGUUUGUCCUGGCUAAACUUGGAGUUUGAGUAUAGUAAAUUAUGAUCCUUAAAUAUUUGAGAGUCAGGAUGAAGCAGAUCUGCUGUAGACUUUUCAGAUGAAAUUGUUCUUUCUCGUAACCUCCAUAUUUUCAGGAUUUUUGAAGCUGUUGACCUUUUCAUGUUGAUUAUUUUAAAUUGUGUGAAAUAGUAUAAAAAUCAUUGGUGUUCAUUAUUUGCUUUGCCUGAGCUCAGAUCAAAAUGUUUGAAGAAAGGAACUUUAUUUUUGCAAGUUACGUACAGUUUUUAUGCUUGAGAUAUUUCAACAUGUUAUGUAUAUUGGAACUUCUACAGCUUGAUGCCUCCUGCUUUUAUAGCGGUUUAUGGGGAGCACUUGAAAGAGCGUGUGUACAUGUAUUUUUUUUCUAGGCAAACAUUGAAUGCAAACGUGUAUUUUUUUAAUAUAAAUAUAUAACUGUCCUUUUCAUCCCAUGUUGCCGCUAAGUGAUAUUUCAUAUGUGUGGUUAUACUCAUAAUAAUGGGCCUUGUAAGUCUUUUCACCAUUCAUGAAUAAUAAUAAAUAUGUACUGCUGGCAUGUAAUGCUUAGUUUUCUUGUAUUUACUUCUUUUUUUAAAUGUAAGGACCAAACUUCUAAACUAAUUGUUCUUUUGUUGCUUUAAUUUUUAAAAAUUACAUUCUUCUGAUGUAACAUCUGAUACAUACAAAAGAAUAUAGUUUAAUAUGUAUUGAAAUAAAACACAAUAAAAUUAA